AUGGCACCAUCCACAUGGCUCGUCGUCGGAGCUUCUCGAGGUAUCGGACUCGAGUUCGUUCGUCAAUUGCUGGAGCAGGGCAACCAGGUCAUUGCAGCAGUGCGCAGCCCAGAGGCGGCCAACCAGGUUUGGCAAUUGUCUGCGCAGCAGACGAGACCAGCCGCUUGUUUGAUAGAACAGUGCGACGUCACUGACGAAGCAAGCAUUGAUGCAUUUGUGGACCGAAUGAGAGCUGUUGUCGGCAAAGGGAUGAAAAUUGAUAACAUCGUAUUGAACGCUGGUGUCCUGAAAUACCCCAAUCGAGCGACCGAGAUAUCAUUCAGCGAUUUUGCCCUGCAUUUGCACACCAACACGAUCGGGCCCAUCAUCGUAGCACAGAAACUGCUCAAUAUCAGCACGGCCGAUCCGCCCUCGAAAAUCAUCUUCAUUUCCUCCGACUCGGGAUCAACGGCGGAUUUCCGUGACCACGAGGAUGGAUUUGGCGCAUACGGUGCGAGCAAAGCUGCCCUGAAUCAAAUGCUCAGACACAUGGCUGCCGAAUUGAAAAGGAAAGGGGGAAAGUGGCAAGAUGUAUGCAUCUUAGCCAUGCAUCCCGGAGAAGUGCAGACGGAUAUGGCCAAUAUCAAUGUGGACUGGGAGGUUGAAGGCGUCAUCAAGCCCGAGGAGAGCGUCAAGAAGAUGUUGAAGGUGAUUGCCGAGAAAGACAAGACUCACAGCGGCACUUUCUGGCGUUGGGAUGGUCGAGAACAUCCCUGGUGA